CGUGGAGAGUAACUUUGACGUCGUCGAUAAGGAGGGAUGUUUGGUGGACUGUGGUACUGAGAAGUUGCCCCCCGUCAGAGGAACGGCCUGUACAAGCGGAGCAAUGACUGACUUGUAUGUUUCCUUGGCGGUGCUGGGAGCCGUGGUGCUCCUCAGCGAGGUGAUCCGCCAGACAGCAGCGCGUCUUUUCCCCGGAGCUUACUGGAUUUACCUGCUGGAAGCGGCGUCCACUUUCCAGCUUUGCUGCUGCACUCAUGAGCUCAAACUUCUGGGUGAAACUACCAACCCGGGUCUGUCGCUCGGCCUGACUCUCACCUACACCAUGACGGUUAUUCAUUUAUCAACUUUCCGAGAGGCGACGUGCAACCCCAGCGGGGCUCUGGAGAGCGUUUGCCGCGGGACCAGGAGCGUAAAGGCGGCCGUAGUCCUCAUAGCAUGCCAGUUCGGAGCUGGGGUCGCCGCGCAGUUUUUCGCAGUAAACGUUUGGUCGCUGGGUCUUUCCGACGUCCACAUCAAGCACCAGAGGUUCGGGUUCAGAUGUUUCGACCCCCUCGGCGGGACUCUGCUGGAGGCCGCGGCCGUGGAACUGGGCUGCGCCUUCAUGGUGCAAGCCGCCGCCAUGCAUGUCCACAAACUGGACGAAAAACUCCGAGCUCAUUUCAUCGCAGCUGUCAUCACUGCGCUGGUUUUCGCAGGUGGAAGUAUUUCAGGAGCUGUUUUUAACCCCGUGCUGGCCUUCUCCGUCCAGUUCCCCUGCAGCGGCCACUCCUACCUGGAGUACUGCUUUGUCUACUGGCUGGGACCAGUCUUGGGCAUGGCGAGCUGCAUCCUGCUGUUUGAGAAGAUCAUUCCCUUCCUCUCUGGAAAGAGUACCAUUGGGCUGGACGUCCCUGCUGUCCAGAAACAGAAGAAGACACAGUAGCACCAGUGACAUGAGGACUGGCCAAGUCAUGUUAGUUUGGGUCUUAAGCUUUAACAGGUCUGGGUGGACAAUAUCCCUGUCCAUGUUCUCCAUAUAUUGUCAUUAUAGCACAUUGAGGCCUAAGACUUGUUACAUCAGAGCUGUUAUUGAGCAGACAGUAGACAAACGCAUAAUUGUGUUCAGCUCUUCAUGAACAAAUUAACACACAAAUCCACAUAUAAAAGAGACUAUCAUCAUAACUCCAAUUAUGCCUGAGAAUCAAUACUUUUUAAUUUCUCUUCAGUAUUAAACUAAUCUAGUUCCAGUUGUCUGCUCAUUUAUGAGUACAGUGCAAACAGGAACUGUGAAUGGCUAAUUCUGCGUACUUUUAGUGGUGCUAAUGGGAUGGCUAACAACUUCGGCUGUGUUUGAAGUGAUAUCACAAACUUUUUUCUGUGGCAACCAUCACAGAUAUUGCACCAAUAACAAAUACAAUAUUGACAGUAUGAGACAGAACCAUAAAUCAUGCCAAUGAUCUAAUUUUAGUUUAAGUUUGACUUGUAACAGAAUUUGUGACCUUUUAACUGUACUACUACAUUUUUGCCAAAUGUUUUUCACAUGAAGACUGCCAAAAUCACAUUAUAGAAGAACUGUAUUUAACCAAAUCUUA